ACCUGCUUGUGUUCUUGUAUUCAUGGGCACUGGAAUGCGUGCCAGCUGGUCUGGAAGCAGUUCCAACAAGUCACCUACACGGUGGCCAGGGGCGGCCUGAGAGGGAAACUUGCAAUCCGGACCCGCUGGAAAUGACUUUGGGAUAAUCACAACCUCCUGUCCUCAGUUUCCUUACCUGUGAAAUGGGGCUGAUAACGCAUAGCUGUGGGAAGCACUGGCACAAAUGCAGGGCUUGGGGGCACGACCACGAUCCCCGCCCACGGGUCCCCGCGCCAGGCCUCGCUCUCCACCCCUCCCGCCGCGGGCCCCCGCGCUUCGCGGAGGUCGGCCCCGGGCGCCGAGAGGCGUGGUCGGCCCAAGCGGACCCUCGCGGCGGCCAUGGCCUCGGUGGUGGAAUACAAGGGCCUCAGGGCCGGCUACCACUGCGGCUACUGCGACUCCAAGGAGGGCAAAGCGUCCUGCGGUAUGUGGGCACAUUCCAUGACAGUACAGGAUUAUCAGGAUCUCAUAGACCGAGGAUGGCGAAGAAGUGGAAAAUAUGUGUACAAACCUGUCAUGAAUCAAACAUGUUGUCCUCAGUACACAAUAAGGUGCCGACCUUUACAGUUUCAGCCUUCAAAAUCUCACAAGAAGGUUUUGAAAAAAAUGUUGAAAUUUCUGGCUAAAGGGGAGGUUCCCAAAGGAAGUUGUGAGGAUGAGCCCAUGGACUCCACAAUGGAUGAUGCAGUUGCGGGUGACUUUGCAUUGAUAAAUAAAUUGGAUAUACAGUGUGAUCUUAAGACACUCAGUGAUGACGUCAAAGAGAGUUUAGAGAGUGAAGGAAAAAAUUCAAAGAAAGGAGAACCUCAUGAAUUACUUCAGGCACAAGAUUCCAUAGGAGAGAAGUUGGGCUCUGGUGAACCAUCACAUUCAGUUAAAGUUCACACAGUUCCUAAGCCAGGCAAAGGGGCUGAUUUGAGUAAGCCUCCAUGUCGAAAAGCAAAGGAAAUCCGGAAAGAAAGGAAAAGGUUAAAACGCAUGCAGCAGAACCCAGCUGGAGAAAUUGAGGGUUUCCAGGCUCAAGGUCACCCACCAUCUUUGUUUCCACCAAAGGCUAAAUCCAACCAGCCCAAAUCACUCGAAGAUUUAAUUUUUGAAUCUUUACCAGAGAAUGCAUCACACAAGUUAGAGGUGAGGGUGGUGAGAUCAUCUCCACCAAGUUCGCAGUUCAAAGCCACACUUCUGGAGUCUUACCAGGUCUAUAAACGUUACCAGAUGGUUAUUCACAAGAACUCACCUGAUACGCCAACCGAGAGCCAGGUGAGGUUAGUACCUGCCUCCUUUGAGGACCCAGAGUUCAAGUCGUCUUUCAGCCAGUCCUUUUCUUUGUAUGUCAAGUAUCAAGUGGCCAUACACCAGGAUCUACCCGAUGAAUGUGGAAAGACUGAGUUCACAAGAUUCCUUUGCAGUUCACCCUUGGAGGCAGAGACUCCCCCUAAUGGGCCAGAUUGUGGCUAUGGCUCCUUUCACCAGCAGUACUGGCUUGAUGGAAAGAUCAUUGCUGUGGGGGUGAUUGACAUCCUCCCAAACUGUGUGUCAUCUGUGUAUUUGUACUACGAUCCUGAUUAUUCGUUUUUGUCUUUGGGUGUCUACUCUGCACUACGAGAAAUUGCUUUUACUAGGCAGCUUCAUGAGAAAACUUCUCAACUCAGCUAUUAUUAUAUGGGUUUCUACAUUCAUUCGUGUCCCAAGAUGAAAUAUAAGGGUCAGUAUAGACCUUCUGAUUUGCUGUGCCCCGAGACAUAUGUUUGGGUCCCCAUUGAGCAAUGCCUGCCUUCACUUGAAAACUCCAAGUACUGCCGUUUCAACCAGGACCCAGAAGCAGUGGAUGAAGAUCGCAGUACGGAACCUGACCGAUUGCAGGUGUUUCACAAGAGAGCCAUCAUGCCUUACGGUGUUUAUAAGAAACAGCAGAAAGACCCAAGUGAGGAGGCCGCUGUUCUGCAGUAUGCCAGCCUGGUGGGGCAGAAGUGCUCCGAGCGGAUGCUGCUGUUCAGAAACUGACCUGUUCGCCUCUGCCGGGGGUUCCCGUGUUGUGCUGAUGGUUUGUGUCAGGGUGCUUACUCAGUACCUGUGGAGAAAUAACUGUCACCACCCACAAAUUAAGACAUUUUUUAUUUAGACUAUCUAUGGCUUUUAAAAAAUAUUUUGUGGCAAUGUAUCUGUGAGAAUCUCAUGGUUAAUAUAAAGAUUUUAAAACUGUGUUGUGACCUAGCCCCCGUAAUUGGGGUUUAUCAUUUUGGAGGUUUCUUUCUAGAGCAAGAUAUGCUCAGAUUCUCCUGUUUAAAUUUUGUAAAAUGAAGAAGUGAAUCUAAGUAACUUAAUCACAGUUGUGCAUUUUUUUUUGGUUCUGUUAAAGAAAUUAAAACAGACUUUCCUCAGGCCCAUUUUAAACAUGAACUUAUGUUAGGAAACCUUAAGUAUGGGGAAGGUAGAAAGUUUGUUUCAUCACUUAGAAAAUAUGUCUUCUCAACAAAACUGUGUGCUGUUACUCAGUGUUCAAUAUUAAAUUGCUGCCAAAUGUUAUGUAGUUUAAUAGAGAGCUUGAAAAAAAUAAAACAUUAAAAAGGAUCUUGUGUUAGCAUCAGGUAUCCAUUUGUUCAGGACAGUCCUGUUCAUGUCUGUUGUCUUGGCAUAGUUUUUUUCCCUAGAAUAUAGUACUCCCUUUUACUCUAAAAAAUAUCCCAGUUUGGACAAUAAAAUACAUAAUUACUCUAGUUAUAUUAUUUGCUUUAUUUCUAAAAAUGUAAGAAACUAAAGUUUUAAAAGAAAAACGUUGGUUCCUGCCUUGAUCUAAGCCUCAUCCAAAGGAAAUAGUCCCUAGUUUUUUAUCUUACAACUCAGAACAUUUGUCUUUGGUUGUUAUUGGAAAUUGGUUAGUAUGUGAUCACUUUCGUAGUUAUGCCCAAAUCACAUGUAAGAAGGAAUCAUUCUGACCUCUCUGUUCCAGGAUAAGAGCUAGAACAAUCCAUUUCUUGCCCUUUGAUGUGAGAGUCACAGUCAGGGUGGCUUCUGCGCCCCUGAGUAACUCAGAGGCCAGCCCCCUCCUUCCCUGUCACUCAGAGCGGAGGCCAGCCCCCUCCUUCCCUCUCAGAGGCCAGCCGCCUCCUUCCCUCUCACUUUGUUUUGCUGAGUCCUUUGCCCACCUGUCAAGGUGGCAGGCACUGUGCUGGGUACAGGAGGAGAGUCAGACAUGUCCCUUAGCUAUAGUCGAGCUGUCUGGGAAACAGGAUGAAGAACAGAGGAGGGUUAUUUUCUUGUGCCCUCUUUGUCAGCUGAUCCCCUCUUCUGCCACCAGCUGUUUGGCCAGCAAGCCCUUUUUAGUCCCCACGUUGCCCAUUUUUCUGUUUUGGUUCAUCCUUUUUUAAAAGCCAUAUUAUAAAACAUGGUAGUUUGAAUCCUGUGGCUGAUUUUAAACUUUUCUCUAAAAUGUACUGAAUUUUGACAAAAGUUUGAAAAUAUCCUUAGCUAACUAGCAUAAAAAGGAUCAUAAAAGAAUGAUUUUAAAAAUGAAAUCUGUGGAAACUCAAAAUCCAAGUCAGCCGUAUUUCUUCAUUCAGAGCGUGUGUGUCACCUGCCAGGUGCCGAGUACCCUCCUAACCAUGCUAGAGUAGUGAGCAAAGCCAUUUUCUCUGAUCACAAGAUUUUACAUUUUUCUGGGAUUUUGACCUGCAAAAUAGUCUCGUAAGAGCAUUGGAGAAACUUACUUGGAACUGCCUUCAGACUCUAUAGAGCUUUUUUUCUCUUUUUCCUCUAAAAUGAAAAGAGUUUCAUUUUAUAACAAAAGUGAUACUGUAAGCAGAACAGUAAGAAGUAUAAAUAAAAAGUAAAAAUCAUCUAAAACCCUACCAUACUCAAGAACUGUCAUGUAUGUAUACACACACCUAUGUAAUUUUAAUACAAUUAGAAAUAUGUUCUACAUGCUGUUUCAUUUCCUCAACAGUAAAUUUUGAACAUGUCUGAAAUUUGAAAUAAAUUUCAAAAUAAAGCUUCAGAAAGUGUAGUAAGUAAUCUCUGCACUAUUAAAAAAAAGCAGGGUAGGGCUGGUACGUGGCUCCCUUAGCGUUUGGAUGUCCAACUUGAUGUUAUCACUGCAUCUUUCCUCCUUUUGUCUUUGUGAUUAGCAUGUAAAAUGGUAUUCAUAAAGAUCACAACCCUUGAAUAUCAAAUGAAGAGAAAACUUGAUUUCAACAUCUUACCACAACUCUGGUUUCUUCCUGCAGAAUUCAUUUUCAGAGGAAAAUGAUGAAUCAUCCCUGUCUGUGAACCACUGUGCUAUCCCUGAGGGUGGCAUUGUAGGUUGACUCCAGCAAAGCCUCAGAGUGACUUGAGCAUGGAGAUCCUUCUGCUUGGCUGCUGUAUUCAUGCAUUAUGUUUGUUUGAUAUAUUGAUCCGAGUAGUCAAAGUGUCUUAAAAGGACACCUAUGUGUCCUUUUGAACCCCAGCUGAGUGAAUAUUGAUAGUGAGCUAGAAAAGCAUAGUCAAGGAAAGUGACCCAACCUUAUUACUUGACCAGCAGUCUAGCUGAGAGAUGUGAUUUUAUGUUUGUGGCUUUCUAUAAAGAAAGACACAAGAACUUUUCAAAGACAGUUUCUAUCUUUCCAAGGCAGGAAACUUUGCGUUUGCAAUCUCAGUAUUGUGUCCCCUUCUGAUUUCAAAUACAUUACACCUGCCUUCCUGUUUUGGGAGCAAAGAUGUAAUUUUGAUUCCCUGUGCUACCAUCCUUAUUUAAAUUAUUUCCAUUCUAAGAGAUUUUUGUUAUUUUUUUAAAUGUAAUCUGAGCACUUUUUUUGUAUUCUAAAAGAUAGAUGCUAUCAGAUAAAUAUACUGUUCAUUUGAUUAAAAUUAUUUAGAUAAAUAUUACUCUGUUGACUUAAAUAGCUUUAUCCUAUUUUUCAUUCAUUUUGCAAAUAUUUGUUGUGUGUAGUUUCUUAACAUGUCAGAAUCUAUUAUGUAAAAGAACCUUUUCAGAUUUCUGAACAGUAUAUGCUUUGAUUUUAUGGGCUUUAUGUUAUUUCAGUAUGAAUAAAGAUAAGGAAUAUGAUGGACAGUUAACUAGAAUGUAUCUGUCGCUGCUAACGUGAAAGAAAUGAAGUAGAAACAGUUGGAAAAUGGUUGCAUUAGAAAUUAUUCAAGUGCACAUUCUUUUCUAAAAGAAAACCAAUGACUAUAAGGCAAAACAAGUUUGAUUGCAUGUGGUAUUUUUUGCUCCCGUAUAUGCUUUUUGAACAAGUUAUUUGAUAAAAGCCUGAAUGGAAAAAAUAAAGCUGUUUCUAUCUGCA